AUGCCCGAGGACGUCGGACCAGCCAAACCUGGCGGCGUGAUCGCCUACAUCUCGUCGGGCGCCGCCUCUAGCCCCGAGUCCUGCAUGAGCACCAGUCCCGGUGCCGGCACGGGGAGCAGCUUCCUUUCCACGUCCCCCGUACCGCCUCGCCCCUCGCUGCCCAGCAGGGCGGUGGGCAUGGUGGUGGACAUCGCGCCGCCCGCCAAGAACGCGGCUCGAGGCGCCGACAAGGCGGGGCGCUCGACUACCGCCGCUAAGAGCAGCAUUACCAAAAUAAACGGCAUGGUGCUAUUGUGUAAAGUAUGCGGAGACGUCGCCUCGGGCUUCCAUUACGGCGUCCACGCCUGCGAAGGCUGCAAGGGCUUCUUCCGUAGAAGCAUCCAGCAGAACAUCCAGUAUAAAAAGUGUCUCAAGAUGGAGAACUGCACCAUCAUGAGGAUCAACAGAAACCGAUGCCAGCAGUGUCGCUUCAAGAAAUGUUUGGCUGUCGGCAUGUCCAGAGACGCCGUGCGAUUCGGUCGCAUCCCGAAGCGCGAGAAGCAGCGUAUGCUCCUGGAGAUGCAAAAUGCCAUGAACAACAUGAUGAGCAAUAACAGCCAGCUGCACAGCAUGCUGCACGGCCACCAGAGCCCCACGCUUCCCGCCGACGCCAGCCCGUCGCCCUCUUCUUCCUCCGCCUCCUCUUCGUCCUCCUCGUCCGAUUCGCCGUCCUGCUCCAACCCUUCGUCCCCGCAGUGCCCCCUGCGCGACGCCGAGUCGGUGGUCUCCAUGGACACCAGCUCGUCCUCGUCCUGCGGCUCCGACAGCGGCGAGGAUGACGUCAGGCCGACGGAGAAAAUGGCCACGGCGGGCGGCUCCGCCGACUCCCGCGUGGAAAGCUGGAACCGCUGGAACAAUGAGGCAGAAGCCCCGUCGGGGUACCGGGAACCCCCCGCAAACGUUUACGCGCACUUUAACCAGCACGCCGGCGCCCCCAUCUGUCCCGUGGAGGGGCAGCAUCAGCGCGCCUACGCUAACGGAAGAGCACACCUGGUGUGUCCUAUGAACACAUCGCCGUACGUGGACCCUAACAAGCCUAGCCAGGAAAUCUGGGAGGAGUUUUCCAUGAGCUUCACGCCCGCCGUGCGCGAAGUGGUGGAGUUCGCCAAAAGAAUCCCGGGGUUCAAAGAUCUCCCCGAGCACGACCAAGUGGGGCUGCUCAAAGCCGGGACCUUCGAGGUGCUGAUGGUCCGCUUCGCCUCGCUCUUCAACAUGGCCGAGCGCACGGUCACCUUCCUGAGCGGCAAGCACUACAGCCUGGACACGCUGCGGGCGCUGGGCGCCGGCGAGCUGCUGGCAUCCAUGUGCGACUUCAGCGAAAAGCUCACCGCGCUCGGGCUGGACCGCGACGAGAUGAGCCUCUUCACCGCCGUCGUCCUCGUCUCUGCAGACCGUUCGGGUCUCCAGGACCUUCCCGCAGUGGAAGCCCUCCAAGACAAGCUGAUCCGAGCCCUCCGGCAGCUUCUCAUGCAAAACCACGGCGACGAAGCGGCCACCACCUUUACCAAACUUCUCCUCAAGCUGCCCGAGCUGCGCUCGCUCAACAACAUGCACUCGGAAGAGUUGCUCUCCUUCAAAGUGCACCCCUGA